AUCUCCAGAAAUCCAACUACUGACACUCAUUUCUAACAAACAGGCUCAUUAUCAUUCUUAUAUGGGUAAAUAUAUAUCCUAAGUUCAUUUCCUACGUCCUCUUGUCUUUAUCUCGAUCUUUUCUAUAACAGCAAUGAGGUCGUUGGCUCUCUCCACAGUGGCUGUAGCACUUGCUGCCACCGCUGAUGCUGCGUCUGCCGACGACUGGGCUAAAAGAUCUAUUUACCAAGUCAUUACAGACCGUUAUGCGCGAAAAACUGAUUCCACUGAUAACUGCAACAUUACCAAAUAUUGCGGCGGUACCUGGUCCGGUCUUGCCAACAAGCUAGACUAUAUCCAAGAUAUGGGUUUUACGGCUGUACAAAUCUCUCCACUCCAGGAGAACUUGCCUGAAGACACAAUAUACGGAGAAGCAUUUCACGGCUAUUGGCCUCAGAACUUCUACGAAUUGAACGCUCAUUUCGGCACAGUCGACGAUCUGAAGCACUUAGUCUCUGAAUUGCAUAGACGUGACAUGUACCUGAUGGUAGAUGUGGUAGCAAAUGAGCUUGCUUAUAGCAUCGGCGCAACAAAUAUGACAGCCGUCAACUCCUCCGCAAUUAUCGACUACUCUGUCUUUGCUCCCUUCAAUCAAUCUUCAGAUUUCACUCCUUACUGUCCUAUUGUUGACUGGUCAAAUCAAACGGAGUUUACAAAUUGUUGGCUUGGAUAUGAGGGUGUUGCUACGCCACGAAUCAAGACUUCAGAUCCAGCUAUUGCUGUGACACUUGAUCAAUGGAUUGCAGAUCUGGUCGGCAUGUACGAGAUCGAUGGUAUCCGAAUUGAUGGUGCAAAACAGAUUGAGUCGACGUUCUUUUCCAAUUUUACCAAAAGUGCCGGCGUCUAUACCAUGGGUGAGGUGUAUGAUGGUGACGCAGAAUUUAUGUGCAGCUAUCAGAAUCUCACCUCUGGCCUGGAGAAUUACGCCUUGUUCCCGAAAGUCAUUAAUGCUUUCACGGCGGGCAAAAUGGAAGAUCUUGUUUCGAUGAUAGCUACAAUGCGACAGGCUUGUAAUUCGCCGCAGUAUCUCGCCAAUUUCGUUGAGAAUCAAGAUAACCCUCGAUUUGCAUCAUUGACUCAAGAUAUCGCCCUGGCCAAAAAUGCCCUCGCAUUCACAAUCCUGAGUGACGGAAUUCCCAAAAUAUACUAUGGACAAGAGCAACACCUACCAGGAAAUUACUCGCCAUAUAAUCGGCAAGACCUCUGGUCCACCCAAUACGAUACUUCCACUGAGUUGUAUAAUCUAACUGUCACAUUGAAUAAACUCCGCAACCAUGCCAUAUCUAUCGACGAUCAUUACGUGACGAACUGGAGUUCAUUGCUCUACACCGACGGCUCCACAUAUGUGGCUCGCAAGGGCCCCAAUGGUGCACAGAUUGUUGCCGUGCUAUCGAAUCAAGGCUUACAAGGUGGUGAUUAUACCUUGCAGAUACCUGGAGUUGCAGAUCCGGGGAUGAAUUUGACAGAAGUGACGAUGUGCAAUAGCACUGUUACCGCCGAGGAGAACGGUACGAUUACAGUUCCUAUGGGUCAAGGUCAGCCACGUGUUUAUUUUCCAACUUCCAAUCUGAAUGGUUCUGGAUUGUGUGAUUUUUCUUCUUCCUCGUCGUCGUCGACAGGGUCGUCUGACAACUCAAACUCGACAUCUUCGGAUGUGCCUGCUGCUACCUCGUCUCUGCCAUUGGGAAAUGGUACAAGUAUCCAUGUUUCUGGAUGGACGAUGCUGUUGUUUGCGAUUGUUUCAAUAGUCGUUAUCUGAUCUUCUGACUGUCUUCAUUUCCCUAAGGGAUUCUUUCAGCUUCCCCCCGCUUCUUGCAUAUACCUAUCUAAUGACUGCGUACAAUAUUAAUAUCACUGAU